GUUUGAGUUUGAAUAUUGAGAAGACCGUUUCCUUUAACACUUUCUCUCACUAAAACCUCUUCUUAUUCUUCUCCCUACUUUGAAUGUUGAUGUCAAAUUCUAGAUCUUUCUUCAACAUCCAUCCAUUCGGAUUUUCAUUUUCACACAGUUUCAAUUUCCUCAUCUAUUUUCUCGAAUAUCUUCAUUUCUGAAGCUCAAUCUGGUUGGUGUUUUUUUUUUUGAACAAUGGAAUUUUUGCUUGGGUAAUUUUACAAGUGUGGAUUAGGGAUUAGAAUGAUUUGGAGGACAAAUUGUGGAGAUAAUUGCAGACAAGUCGAAAUUCCGGUACACUAUGGGAAGUGAGUCGACAAUUCCUGCUUUAUCAGAUGGCGUACAGAAAAUUAGAGCAUUACAUGGGAGGACUACUGGCCCUACAAGGCGAUCCACUAAAGGACAAUGGACACCCGAGGAGGAUAAUAUAUUGAGGAAGGCUGUUGAGCGUUUUCAAGGAAAAAAUUGGAAAAAAAUAGCGGAGUGUUUCAAGGAUAGAACUGAUGUACAAUGCCUGCAUAGGUGGCAAAAAGUCUUAAAUCCAGAACUUAUCAAAGGUCCUUGGUCCAAAGAGGAAGAUGAAACAAUUGUUGAUUUGGUAAACAAAUAUGGGCCUAAAAAGUGGUCUACUAUAGCACAACAUUUACCUGGACGUAUCGGUAAGCAAUGUCGAGAAAGGUGGCAUAAUCAUCUUAAUCCUUCUAUAAACAAAGAAGCAUGGACGCAGGAAGAAGAGUUGGCUCUAAUACAUGCUCAUCAGAUAUAUGGGAAUAGAUGGGCAGAGUUAUCAAAGUUUUUGCCUGGAAGGACAGACAAUGCUAUAAAGAACCACUGGAAUAGUUCUGUUAAGAAAAAAUUGGAUUCCUACUUGGCGUCAGGCUUGCUUGCUCAGUUUCAAAAUGUCCCACUUGUUGGAAAUCCGAAUCAACCUAUUGCUUCAUCCUCUGCAAGGUUGCAGUUUAGUGUAGAUGAUAAUGGUCCUAGGGGCACAGAAGGUGAGGAAGUUUCACAGUGUAGCCAGGAGUCCAUUAAUGCUAGUCACUUUCCGUCUGGCAGAGAGUUGAGCAUUGCCGUUAUACAAAAUGUGGAGGAGUACAGGCAAAAUGAAGAAUCUAAUCAAGCAUCAUGUUCAGAGCCAUAUUACAUGUCUCUGGAUGGUGUUACUCUCCAAGAGGUUUGCUCCUCUCAAUUUCUUGAGCAAAAAUAUUCAAACGAACCUGGGAGUUCCUCCGCAAAUGUGGACUGCCAAUUUAAUUUACAUGCUUUGCCCACCUCACUGGACUUUGGGCAGGAAUCGACGCAGUUGCAAAAUGAUUCUUUAGCUUCUGGUGAAAACAUGAUGAUUGUUCCAUAUGAAUAUCGGCCUUCAUCUAUGGGCAAUGCUAAAGGAGAACAAAACAUGUUGAUAACUGAUGAUGAAUGUUGCAGAUUCCUAUUUUCAGAGGCAAUGAGCGAUGAAUGUUUUUCCUCUGGAGGAGUAAAUAAUGUUGACUUGUCUGGAUACACUUCAUCUCUUUGUCAUUCGUCUUUACCAUCUGAUAGUAGGAUGAUAAUGUCUACUGCCGAAGCAAAUCAGUUGGUCGGCUCUGUGGAUCAGCAAUUUGACUCGAGGGAAGAUGUUGUGAAAGAUGAUAGUUUAAAAUUGGAGCCUGUAAGUAAUUCUGGAUGUGGAUCAGAUACGAUGCAAACUUGCUAUCCAAUUGAUGAAAAGCCAAAUGUGCAUACACAACAGGAGGAAACAGGAGGAACUCUAUGUUAUGAACCGCCCCGUUUUCCAAGCUUGGAUAUACCUUUCUUGAGCUGUGAUCUUAUACAAUCUGGAGAUAUGCAGCAAGAAUUUAGUCCCUUAGGUAUCCGCCAGUUUAUGAUGUCUUCUAUGAACUGUCUGACUCCUUUCAGAUUGUGGGACUCACCUUCUCGCAUUGAUAGUCCGGACGCUUUGUUAAAAAGUGCUGCUAAAACUUUCACAAGUACACCGUCCAUAAUGAAGAAGAAGAAACGAAACCGAGAAAGAGACCUUUUAUCUCCACUAUCAGAUAGAAGAAUGGAGAAGAAACAUGAGAUUGACAUGACGUCAACUUUGAUUAGAAACUUUUCCCGUUUGGAUGUCAUGUUUGAUGACAAUGAGACUCAAGGUAUUGAACAUGAUAAAGAAAAUCGUGGACCAGCUUUUAUGGUGGAGGAUAAAAGUAACUCUGAGGAGAAGAUUGAGCAGCCUCCACUUGAUGCUGAUUCUAAGAUGAAGAAUGAUAUUGAUACCACUGCUGAAAUUGUGCAACAGCCUUCUCGAGUUUUGAUUGAACAUGAUAUGAAUGAUCCAUCGCUGUAUUCUCCUAAUCAAGUUGGUUUGAAAUCAGACAUAGUUCUAAGUUUAAGUGCUCGAAGUCAUCAAAAAUCAGUCUCAAGAUUUAGCUCUCCUUGUGUUCGAUUAAAGGAGCACGAAAGACUCUCAGUUUCUGUUACUUGUGUACAAUCCAUCUGUUCAUCAUCAAUCCCAGGAGAGAAUAUGGAUGAUCAAACCGGAAAUGAUGAUGGUUUUGAAACAAAUAACAUUUUUGGAGGAAUGCCUUUUAGGAAAAGCUUUGAAUCACCUUCAGCAUGGAAAUCCCCUUUGUUUAUAAACACCUUUUUGUCUAGUCCUAGGAUUGAUGCUGAAAUUACUAUCGAGGACUACGGAUGUUUCUUUAGCCCGGGUGAUAAAAGCAGCUAUGAUGCACUUGGAUGGAUUAAGCAGAUUGGUGAACACACUGCUGCUCAAUAUGCCAAUGCUCUAGAGGCUUUAGAAAAUGAAACUCCUAAGGCACUACCAAAUGAUGCCUCUGGAGACGACCAGGAAAACAACGAUCCUCAUAAUCAGUCUGGGAACCAUUCUAAGUCGCCUUCAAAUGCUUCGGUGGAGCGACGCAUGCUUGACUUCAGCGAAUGUGGAACUCCAAACAAAGGUGAUAAGGGCAAAUCCUCAGCUAUGAGUGUUUCAAGUCCUUCUUCGUAUUUGUUGAAGGGCUGUAGAUAGAUAGCUGCCUGUUCAUUGUUAUGGCUAAUGCCCUCAGCUGUUUUGCUCUUUGAUGAGUAUACUUUAUAUAUAUAAAAUGCCGUUUAUUUAUAGAAAAAAUUAUUUUGUUGUUAAGCUUGUAGUACAAGACUUGAAUUUGUAAGUUUGUAACAACAACAACAACAAAAAUUAUCCCCAAGUUAUGAUGAUUCUUGAUUCUCCGGGUA